UGGCUUCUAGCCGUUUAUUUUAGCUAAUCCUCCCCUUGGCCGCUUUAUCAGGUCGGGGCGGGUCGGGUUCAGCCGGGAGAAAUGGUCGCGCUUUUGACCAGACCGGCCGGCGCCGGAGAGAGGUGACGACAUGAGUGAACUUCUGUAACUGAGCUGAGCUUUCUUCUUCUUCCACUCCACCCGCGCAAACGAAAGCAUCAGGCAGUCGCAAGAAAAAGACGCAAUACCAGCAGCAGUAGCAAUCGCGCGCGGGACGAGGAGUCAGUCCUUCGGAAGUGAUUAGCCGGUUUCUUUCGAUGUCUCCUCCCACACCUCUUCUUGGAUCUCCCGCUCGCAUGGAACCCAAAUAGCACACAAUCAAUCACAUAUUCUCUCCGUUCCUUCGACUAACUCAGAGCAUGAACAAGAAGGGACUGGCCAUCCUAAUGCGGACUAGGAUGAGACCCGGCGAACCCAGCAAGCUCGCCCUCUCUCCUCUCGCCGACCAGGCUAAUGAAAUGAGAGCUGAAAACAAGGGAAACCAGUCCGCUGGAAGCAGCAUGGGAGAUGGUGGAGGGGAAGGAAACAGAGUUCUCAGCCCUUCAAGCAACAAUAUGAGGGCAUUUGAGCAAGUGAGGGAGUCUAUGCACUCUGCCAUAUCAAUGAACAAAACUGAAGUUCUAGAUACCGUUCUCAGUGACUUCUCGGAGGGUUACUUCAGUCUUUCUCCUGAAAACCGGCGCAAACUGCUGCUGAUUCUUGCCAAAGAAUACGAUCUUAACCGGGUGCAAGUCAGGCAACUUAUAAAUCAGUAUCUCAGCCUGGAACUUCCUAAAGGUGAUGGAGCUCAAGGAGAUACUGUUGAAGAAGAAGGCUUGUUAUCUACUUUCUACCGUAUAGAGCGGAAUCUGAGACAUUCUCUCCAGCCUCUGUAUGAAGUUCUUUUUGAAAGAUUAAACACCCACCCUGGUGGGUUGAAGUUCUUAUCCAUUCUCCGUGCGGAUAUCCUAUGCAUUCUCGCAGAGGAUAAUAUUGCGUCGUUGCGAGCACUUGAUUCCUAUUUGAAGGAGAAACUCAGCACAUGGCUUAGUCCGGCUACCUUGGAGCUACAUCAGAUUACCUGGGAUGAUUCCGCAUCUUUGCUUGAGAAAAUUGUGGCAUACGAGGCGGUGCAUCCUAUCAGCAACCUUAUAGACCUGAAGAGAAGGUUGGGAGUGGGCCGUCGCUGCUUCGGAUACAUACAUCCAGCAAUACCAGGUGAGCCACUGAUAUUCAUAGAGGUUGCCCUACUAAAGAAUGUGGCUCAAACUAUACAGGAGGUUUUAUGGGACAAUCCUCCAACACCUGAACAUGAAGCAACAUGUGCAUUAUUUUAUUCUAUAUCAUCAACCCAGCCAGGCUUGGCAGGGAUCAACCUAGGAAAGUUUCUCAUCAAACGAGUGGUUACCUUGCUUAAAAAGGAUAUGCCUCAAAUAUCUACAUUUGCUACACUUAGCCCAAUCCCAGGAUUCAUGCAGUGGCUGCUCUCCAAGUUGGCAUCUCAAUCGAAACUCGCUGAACUUGAGGCGUCAUCACAUCCAUCAGCUGAUAGAUCCACUUCAUCCUUUUGGGAAAACAUACUCAAACAAGAAGAAGAAAGUGCCCUCUUGAGCUUAUCCGAGGAAUUUGCUGCUAUGAACAAUGGGAUGGAAGUGAUGUUGCACAUUCUGACUUCAAAAAACCACGACUGGAAGAAUUCACCAGAAUUGCUGGCAGUAUUGAAGCCUCCUUUGAUGCGACUUUGUGCCCGGUACCUUCUGCAAGAGAAAAAGAGAGGGAAAGCGUUAGACUCUGUUGCAAAUUUUCACUUGCAAAAUGGAGCGAUGGUCCAGAGAAUUAACUGGAUGGCUGACCGAUCUGAGAAAGGUCUCCAACAGAGCGGGGGCAUCAUGGUAAAUUACGUGUACAGGUUGGGGAAUAUUGAAGAAUAUGCUCAGUCGUAUUUCAGUACAGGUCACAUUCACGCUUCACCGGAUCUUCUUCAUCAACUUGAGAAUGUGGAUGUACAAGGUAAUGGCGAUGAAUAGACUGUCAAAUUGCUCGGAGUGGAUAAUAUGCUUUUGGUGAAUAGCAAAAGAAAUAAAUAUAUUCAAGACGCCGUAUGGAAGGUGUCGAGUGGGGCUCGGAUGGAUAUGGUAGUGCCUGUCGUUUUUAUAAAAGAUGACAGAGAGAUUCAUUGCCCUUUUCUCUGUAUCAGCAAACCGAGGAUGAACUGUUCCAAUUGGAAAAACUGAACGUUCAGUCUCUUUUUUUUUAUGGCAAAUUCAUCAUUUUUCAUCAAAA